ACGAGAGUUCAGCAGUCUGGAGAGAGGAGGGUCCAAGAAUGGGCCAGGGCUGUGUAGUUCCUAUCCUCGGGGUGCACAGCUUCCUGGGGAUGGGGGAGGGCUCAGAACUUGUGACUCAGGGCAUCCAUCCUGUGGUCAGACACUCACGGCCAGCUGAUGCAGGUGCAUGCGCAAGAGGCCGUGGCCCCCAGUGGCCUCAUGCUCCUGUAGGCAGGUGUGGUCUCAGAACACGAGAACCCCAAGGGAGAGAUUGGUUCUGACGGCUACCCCUUCAGUGAAGACCAGGCUCCCCUCCCCCUGUCCCUGCAGCUGUCACUGGACAGAGGGAGGGGGAAGUGGCCAGAAGGGGAAGUAAGAGGGUUCCCGUCCAGCCAGUCACCAAUCUCCUCGGGUCUUCAGAGCAGCCGUGGCCAUGGAGUCUGUGGAGACCCCUGUCAAGGAUGGCGUCCUUUACCAGCAGCACAUGAAGUUUGGCAAGAAAUACUGGCGGAAAGUGUGGGCUCUGCUGUAUGCAGGAGGCCCAUCAGGUGUAGCUCGGCUGGAAAGCUGGGAUGUUCGUGAUGGUGGCCUGGGGCCAGCAGGCGACAGAUCUGUAGGGCCUGGCCGUCGAGGCGAACGUCGGGUCAUACGUUUGGCUGACUGUGUGUCUGUUCUGCCGGCCGAUGGUGAGAAUUGUCCCAGGGACACCGGUGCCUUCCUGAUUACUACCACUGAGCGAAGCCACCUGCUGGCUGCACAGCACCGCCAAUCAUGGAUUGGCCCCAUUUGCCAGCUGGCUUUCCCGGGCACCGGAGAAUGUUCUACAUCAGGACAGGCUGAGACUCCAAAAAGAGGCUUUGUUCCCAUGGAGGAAAACUCUAUCUACUCCUCCUGGCAAGAAGUGGCCGAGUUUCCAGUGGUCAUACAGAGGACGGAAGCCACCACCCGCUGCCAGCUGAAAGGCCCCUACCUCCUGGUGCUGGGCCAAGAUGACAUUCAGCUUCGGGAGACUUCUAACCCCCAGGCCUGCUACAGCUGGCCCUACCGUUUCCUGCGCAAGUUCGGCUCCGACAAGGGUGUGUUCUCUUUUGAGGCCGGUCGCCGCUGUGACUCGGGUGAGGGCCUUUUUGCCUUCAGUAGUCCACGUGCCCCAGACAUAUGUGGAGCUGUGGCUGCAGCCAUUGCCCGCCAGCGGGACCGUCUUCCAGAGGCAGCCACAUCCCCGCCCUGCCCUCUGCCUCGGGCCCUCUCCCUGCCCUCCCUAGAGCCCCCUGGAGAGCUUCGGGAAGUAGCCCCAGGGUUUGAGCUGGCCACUUCCAGAAAGUUGCCUGUGGCCGAUCAUGGGCCUCAAAGUCUGCCGCUGCUGCUUAGUCCUACACAAGAAGAAACAGUAUCCAGUCUCUAUGCGUCUGUGUGUAAGCAGACCAGCAAGCCCACAGCCACUAGAGAGCACCUCUAUGAGAACCUGUGUAUGCUGGAGGCCAGUCCUGGGCUGUCCAAUGGGGGUCCUAAGUCCCAAGAGGGCCCUCCUGGCCACAGCCCCCUAUCCAGCCCCAUCUAUCACAACAGUGAGGACCUGAGUUGGCCUGGCUCGGCCCAGGAUAGCAGCUUGGAAGCCCAGUACCGGAGGCUGCUAGAGCUGGAGCUAGAUGAGGCUGGAGGAGCUGGCCGCUCAGGUGCACAGGCAGGCAUCAAGGCCAAGCUGGUGACCCUGUUGACCCGUGAACGGAAGAAGGGCCUUGCUCCCUGUGACCGGCCCUGAAGGCCUGUGCAGUGACCGCAAGACAGAGGUGAUCUCCUAGGAGCCAGAGGGAGCAACUUUAAACAUAGCCUCUGUCUGCUCUGACUUGCAGGGAGAAGCCAGGCAGUGGGGAGGAGCCACCUGCUGCCCCACCCACUCCCAGUGGACAGUGUACAGAUUAAUGAAUAAUAAAACUUGCCUACCAACUUCCCUCCCUUCUGCCUAUGGCCCACAAUCCACGCUACCUUGCUUUCGCCUGGGUCCCCACUGAAACACCGUAUGCUAGUGUUCAUUGUAGCAAACUCCAGGCCCUUAUGCUAGGCCCAGAGACUGAGCAUCCUGAGC